UUGGAUCCACAGUCGCUCUACUGAUACUGAUGUUCAGCAUCUUUGUCUUCUGUCGUCGACACAAACAAAAACAUGUCUCUUCAUCCGAUUUCCCUUCUAAAUCUGACCUGGAAAAUAGCUCUGCCAUUUGCUUUGGACUUCUCAUUUUCUCCUACAAUGAACUUAUGGAAGCCACCAAUAAUUUUGAUGAUCAUAAAGUGCUUGGAGGUGGAGGAUUUGGAACUGUUUAUUAUGGGAAACUCCGAGAUGGGCGAGAAGUUGCAAUCAAUCGGAUAUGCCAACACAACUUUAAACGGCACCAACAGUUCAUUAACGAAGUAGAAAUCUUAACCCGCUUGAGCCACAAGAAUUUGGUCUCUCUCCACGGUUGCACCUCGCGGUGUAGCCGGGAACUUCUCCUUGUUUACGAGUUCAUUCCUAAUGGCACAGUUGCUGAUCAUCUCCAUGGUGAUCGUUCACAGUCUGGUUCUCUCACAUGGCCUGUUCGAAUGAGCAUCGCGAUAGAAACCGCGACUGCAUUAGCUUAUCUCCAUGCCUCCGGCAUCAUACACCGCGAUGUGAAGACUACCAACAUUCUCGUCGAUGAUAAUUUCUGUGUCAAAGUAGCGGAUUUCGGGCUUUCUCGUUUGUUACCGAACGAUGUCACGCAUAUAUCAACUGCUCCACAAGGGACCCCUGGCUAUGUUGAUCCAGAAUAUCAUCAAUGUUACCAGCUAACCGAAAAAAGUGAUGUUUAUAGCUUCGGAGUUGUCCUCAUUGAACUCAUAUCGUCAAUGCCGGCCGUCGAUAUCUCCGGGCAUAGGCAUGAGAUCAAUUUGGCAAUUUUAGCAAUAAACAAGAUUCAAAAGUGUACAUUUGAUGAGCUGAUUGACACUCACAUUGGGUACAAAUCAUGUGAACAAGUUACAGGGAUGACGACUUUGGUUGCGGAGCUGGCUUUCCGAUGUUUGCAACAAGAGAAAGAUCUGCGACCUUCAAUGCAAGAGGCUUUGGAGGAACUACAGAGAAUACAAAGUAAAGUUUACAAGUUGGAGAAUCUGCAGCAGGAGGAGCACACUGAUUGUGAGAUGAUGAUGAGUAUACAACCGCCUCCGUCACCGCCAACGGACGAUCAGAUGUAUUGUUGAAGGAUAUCCGGCUGCCAGCUUCUCCAAUUUCGGUGACGGAUAAAUGGAUUAGCCAGAGAACUACACCUAAUGCCCGUGAAUAAGUUUUUGUAUAAUGUUCAUAUGCUGAAGAUCCUUUAUAUGGUUCCCUUGCUAUCGUAAAGAUAACAAUGUUGUUACGUUGUUUCAUAAAUAUCAUGUAC